GCUGGUGUCUGUAUUUGGCACAACUGUUUGGCCAGUUUUUUGUGCCCCAGAUAACAAUGGCGAGCAGAGAACUUCUGACGGCAGUGAGUGUGAUGGCGUUUUUGCAUGCAUCUGUAUACCCGGCAACAGGAAUCGAGUGGCAUAAUGCCAAGCAUCGGGUGCAGGACUACCCGUUUCGUAACGUGUCGCUCAGCUGGCAAGAGCGCGUGGCGGACCUGGUCAGUCGUCUGACUUUGGAGGAAAUACAGGAACAGAUGGGAAGAGGAGGGGCUGGUAACAUAGGUGGACCGGCACCCGCCAUUUCUCGUUUGGGUAUCGGCCCGUACGAGUGGGACACAGAGUGUCUGAGAGGAGAUGCGGACGCUCCUGGCAACGCCACCGCCUUCCCCCAGUCACUGGGACUCGCUGCCUCCUUUAGCCCCAACCUAGUUUACAGAAUGGCAGAGGCGACAGCUGUGGAGGUACGUGGUAAACACAACGACUUCGUGAAGCAAGGCAACUACAGCUUCCACACCGGUGCCAGCUGCUUUUCGCCAGUCAUCAACAUCAUGAGGGACCCCAGGUGGGGGCGGAAUCAGGAAACAUAUGGAGAAGACCCUUACCUCAGUGGAAUCAUGGCGACUAGCUACAUCCGGGGACUUCAAGGGGACGACCCACGCUACGUCAGGGCCAGUGGCGGGUGCAAACACUUCGAUGUCCACGGCGGACCGGAGGACAUUCCCGUGUCCAGGUUCAGUUUCAAUGCCGUUGUGUCUGAGAGAGACUGGCGAACGACGUUUUUACCUGCCUUCAGAACGUGUGUGCAGGCUGGGACAUUCAGUGUCAUGUGCAGCUACAACAGCAUCAACGGUGUGCCGGCGUGCGCCAACCAAGAGCUGCUGACGGACAUUUUGAGGAACGAAUGGAAAUUCACCGGCUACGUCGUCAGCGAUCAGGGUGCUAUCGAGAUGAUCAUCAGCAACCACCACUACUACAACAACAGCGUCGACACCGUGGCGGGUUGUGUUAAUGCGGGCGUCAACCUGGAGCUGUCUAACAACCUGCAAACCCCGGUUUUCUUUUCGCUUGUGGAGGCCGUUCAGCAAGGAAAACUGACUGAAGACAAAGUUCGAGAAAUGGUGGCGCCGCUCUUCUACACCCGUAUGAGGCUCGGGGAAUUUGACCCUCCGGAAAUGAACCCUUACAACAAUCUGACCUCAGCAGAGGUUGAAACAGAGGAGCACAGGGCUUUAGCGGAGGAGGCAGCUCUCAAAUCAUUCGUGUUGUUGAAAAACAAUGGAGUGUUGCCAUUCUUUAGUCUUAGCUUCUUCACGGUAGCAAUUGUAGGACCCAUGGCCAACGCCACGAGGGACGUGCUGGGGGACUACGCGGCCAAUGCCCCGGAUGACGCCUUCGUCACGGUGCUGCAAGGGCUGGGGAGCUUCACUGCCGGGGUGCAGUAUGCAUCAGGGUGCGACAACCCUGUCUGCCAGAACUACGACCGCGACAGUGUACUAAAAGCAAUAAACAACACCAACGUCACUUUUGUUGUCCUGGGUACAGGUCAAACAGUGGAAUCGGAAGGUCGGGAUCGUCCUAACUUGGAGUUACCUGGGCAUCAACGGGACCUUCUGACUGACGUCAUUGAGAAUACCCCCUUGACCACACCUAUUAUUCUUAUUCUGCUGAAUGCCGGACCUCUCAACAUCUCCUUUGCUGACCGCGAUCCCAGAGUCUCCGCCAUCGUAGAGUGCUUCCUUCCCGCACAGGCGACCGGAAGUGCUAUCAGGCGAACGAUUAUCAACCUCGGUGAUGGAGCUGGACCUGCUGGCAGGCUGCCAUUCACCUGGCCCCUCCUAGCUUCUCAGCUGCCUGACAUGGUCAACUACUCUAUGGACGGGAGAACUUACCGCUACUUCAAAGGCGAUCCGCUCUAUCCCUUUGGUUACGGCCUAUCCUACUCCUUCUUCUUUUACUCUGGGCUCUCUGUCCCGGCCUCCAUCAAGGCCGGUGACCCCCUGCGUGGACAGGUGCUGGUCAGCAACGUUGGAGAGGUGGACUCUGAUGAAGUGGUUCAGAUUUAUAUAAAAUGGUGGGACACAAAAUUACCUACUCCGAUCAUGCAGCUGGUAUAUUUCAAUCGUUUUAGUUUGGAAGCAGGAAAGCAGGAUUUUUUGGUAGAGUUUGAAAUCGAGGCUCAGCAGAUGGCGGUAUGGACUGACGAAGGAUGGGUGGUGCCCAACGGAACAAUGUCCGUUUACGCUGGGGGACAGCAACCAUUGCAGGCAAGAAAAGUUCCGAGCAAUGUUUUAUUCACGUAUUUUCAGAUUGACGGGUCCAAAAACCUCGGGCGGUAUUAAACUUCGCCGUUGGUAUGGAUACUGAU